CACGGUCUACUUAACACAGUCAUAAUCAUACUAAGCUUUAGGCCUAUGUGUAGAGAAGAUCGCUGUCAAUGGAAAUAUAAUAAUUUUAUUCAUUUUUACAAUUAUUAAUAUGCAAGAAGCUGAGAUGGCGUGUUGAAAUGUAGAUUUAUGAAACUUUAGCUUAUUCGUAGCCUCAACAAUGGCUAAAGUUCUAUUUGUCCUACUUGUGCCUAAUGAGGCUGCUGAAAAAAAGUUAAAAGACCCAGAAGAAAAUGAGAAAAUUAAACUUGAAGAUGACAACAAAAAUUUGGCGACUGAAAAGUCCAAACCUAUUUUCACUGUCAAUUCAGAAGAAACGACUGAAUCAACAGAAAGAGACAAGAAAGCUGUUAGUGGAUGGAACUUUGAGGAUGCUAAUAAAAAAGCAAAAAUAAACAUUUCUGGAAGUACAGCUGCUGAUAAAUCAUCUGAUCAGUCUGUAACUACACUUAAAAAUUCAGAAUUAUUACAAAGAACGGAAAAAAAGGAAGAGAAUGUUGAUGAACUGAGCAAAACAAAGGAAGAGAAUGGAAUCAAGCCAGCAGAGCCAAAAGGGCAGCAAAGUAAAAAGUCAAAAGAAUGCUUGAUGGAAAGUGAUGCACCAGAUGGAGGUGAAAGAAAACGGAAGAAUAGUUUGAUUGCUGCUCUUUUCCACCCCUCAGAUUCUUGCAGUAGCAUGAGUGACAAAUUAGCACAAGGGGAAAAUCUGAAAAAUAGGAAGAAGUCUUUAGUUGUGGCUGAACUGACAGAUGAGGAGAAAAAAAAGUUGGUCAGUCUUAUUAAUGACAACGAAAAUGUUCUUGAGAAAGUGAAGAAUACAUUGGUUGAAAUGAACAUAACUGGAGUUCAAUGGAGCACCACAGAAGAUGCUUUGGAAUUAGGAAUGUUUGUCACAGAUGAUGGGGAGACCUGUGAAAUUCUAUUAAAGAAGUUGUCAGCAUUAAAAAUCUCUAUCAAUGUCUUUCCAGCUUCCAUUAGUAUUGCAAGCCUAAAACAGAAAGAAGAAGCUGAGCAUCUGAAACAGAUUCUUGAUCAGGAAAAUAAACUUGCAGAGAAAGUUAGUGAGUUCAAGAAAUCUAUUAAAUCAAGACUUGUUGUAGCUCAGGUUGUGGAUGCAGUAAAAAGUGAUGCAGUUUUUACAUUUGAUUUUCUCAUGCUUGUAAUGCUGGCAAGCAUGGUAGCUGUUAUGGGUCUUCUAGAAGCUAGCUCAGUGGCACUUGUUGCAAGCAUGCUAAUAUCACCUUUGAUGGGACCAAUUAUAGCUGGAGUAUUUGGUACAGUUAUUCGCAACAGAGAUCUGUUGAUGGUAGGAUUUACGUCAGAAAUGAAAGGGCUUUGUUUGUGCAUUUUAAUAGGCUUUGCAACUGGAUUCAUACCAGCAAUACUAGAGAGUGCAGGGCUUCAGUGGAGAGCCACAGAUAAUUGGCCAACUAUAGAAAUGUCUUCAAGGGGCUCACUAAGAUCACUUUUGGUGGGUGUCUUGAUUGCCAUACCAUCAGGUGCUGGAGUUGCCCUUUCUAUUCUUGGAGGGAAAGUUGGAUCCCUUGUGGGUGUUGCCAUAUCUGCUUCACUGCUCCCACCUGCAGUCAAUGCUGGACUACUCUGGGCCAAUGCUAUUGUUGUAGCCAUUAGACCACUUCCUACUACACAACCACUCAGUACUACUAGUGGAGAUGGUUUGAAUCAGUCAUCACAAGUACUUGGCAAUGGUCAUUUGCAGUGUCCAUUUUAUGUGAAUAAUGACUUCAUCCCAGAGUACUCCUGUGAUAUGUCCAAAGAAAGUGCUGUUCUUGGUGUUGUCAGUCUUUUGCUUACAAUCCUCAAUAUCAUCUGCAUCAUUAUUAUGGGCAUUGUUGUCUUAAAGAUCAAAGAAGUUGCACCCAUUCGUACUGUGGCAAGUGCUGAACAUGAUUUCUUCGUAGAGGAUAUCAAGAUUGCUAGAGAAUCUUAUCAAACUACUAAAGGUCAAGAUUCUUAUCUACUUGGUAAAAGAUUUUUAGAAGAAUACAAGACUGUGAAAAAUGACCUUGGUGUAGAAGAUGAUUCAGAUGAAGAUGAAGAUGAACUUCAUAGAAUUGUGGAAGAAGUAGAAGAAAGUGCUGAUGUGAAGGAGAUUAUUGAUCACAUGCCUCACAGACCAAAGCGCUGGAGAAAUAACAAAAAAUGGACUGGGUCUGCUUUAAUGAAUGAUGAUAAACACGAUGAUGAUAGAGUCUAUAAAACAAUUCAGAUUGUCAGCCCCAAGCAGUUAGAUGAUAGUAUUCAGCUGAGAAGACGCAAACACCCAUCUGGAACAGACAGGGCUAUUUCAUUAGAUGUUACCACUCCAGACAGUACUUACUUAACCAUCCAUCGUCUACCUUCACCACGUGCUAUGUCUGGAAAAUUCCACAUCCCUAAAACUGGGCGCUUUAAGGUGGACAGAGUGGCGGAAAAGAGCCCUUCUAAAACAGACAAGGGGUCAGUGACCCCAAUAAAUAGUUCCUCCAUUCCUAAGAUUGUUUUAGAAACUCAGCCAUUGCUUUCAGUUAACACUAACAACUAAGUAAGGACAGAAGACAUGUAUAUAUAUAUAUAGAAAUAUAUAUGGUGGUAGUUAAUUCUGAAUGUACCGAAUGUUGCAAGCAAGUGUUCCCUAAAUUUUUUGUCUGAGGCUUUCUUAUCAUCAUCAUCCUAUUUGGAAGCCAUCCAUAUUAUUCUUACUCUUAGUCUUCUAGGUGAUUUUAAGUCUUCCCCAUCUCCUUCUUUCUAUACCUUUAGGACUUGUCCUAUCGUUAGCAAAACAAUACAACUUUCUUUUCAUUGAAAUUUAGUUGAUAGUUGGUUUUUUUUUUUUUUGUCUUUUUUUUAAAGUUAUUUUUCUUGAUUAACCCACACAUAUCAGAGAUUCACUCUAGCUAGCUGAAUAUCUGUAAAACUUCAUACUUUAGUAGUUUAUAUACUAUUAAAUAGCUGUAUUUCUUAUUACCUAAGGCAUACAUUAGUCUAUUCUUUAUAUUUUACACAUCCCAAAAGUUUUUUUAUAUAAUGUUUAUAAUUAUUUUCACUAAAACUGAAUACUUUCUUGUUUUCUUGAUACUUUUUUUUUGACUGUGUAUGGCAACUUUGAUUUGAGAUGAUUUUGUUAUAUUAACUUUGUGUAAUAUAUUUUGGCCCUGUAAAUAAAACUAUUUUUUCAGCUAAUUUGCUCAAGGUUUUUAUAAAACUGAUAUCUGAACCCUUAAACAAAAUAAUAUAGUUAUAUAUGUUAUAUGUAUACAUAUAUAAAAUACCAUUAUUUCAUGUAAUAAGAGUUUUGUUAUAUAUUUUUCUAAUUCAAGCUGUAAGCAUCAAGAUAUAGAUCUACUAGGUUUUAAUAUCCAUGCUUUAGUUUUAACUGGAUCACCCAUCUCACUAAGCCACAAUUCAUAUUGUAGUGACAUACGAAAGAUCGUAAAGUCAGGUGUUUAUCAAUGUGUAUAGCAACACACAUUCCCUAGAAAAUGUUUUUGUGUGUGGCUAUAUACGAAUGUGACAUUUUUAGAAAAUCUUAAGUGAAUCUUGACUGAAAAUCCUUAGUGAAUGUUGACUGUUUUCAGAACAACCUUAGUGAAUCUUUUGAUUUCAGAACAGCAUUAGUGAAUCUUGACCUGUUUUCAUUACAGCAUUAUUGAAUCUUUACUGUUUUCAGAAUAACUUUAAUGAGUCUCAACUGUUUUCUUGAACUUAUAAAAAUUCCUAAGUCUUUCAAACAAAGGUUCUUAUACUUUCUUUACUUUUAUCAGGACUUUUGUUAACAUUACCAUCUUUUUACUAAUGUAUACAUUAUUAAAUCCACUGUAUUCUUGAAACUUUCUCAGUUAUUGAGCAUCUCAAUAUUUAUAAACAUGUGACAUUUUUUUUUACUUUGAUAUCAACAUUUAGCCUUUUGGCCAACAGUUUUUAGAUUAUUUUUUUUGGUUAUGUAAAUAAAAUAAUUUUUGCUGCUCGAACUAUCUUACAAAGGUAGAAUUUCUGUCAUUUUUUUUCAAUUAUCCCAUAAAUCAAAUUUUAUAGCUUUUUUUUAUUUUAAUAAAUAUAUAUGGGAACAAAUCAGCAGGUGUGUUCAUAGAUUAGGCGCAUAAGCUUGAGUAUAUUAUAAUACACUAGCAUAAUGUACCUAUAAAUCAAUUUUAAAAACUCAGCUGCUUCGCUUUUGUUUCACAUUUGUGUUUAUUUUAUAGAGAGAGAAUCAAGCUUUAUAGUUUUAUAGUCAAUAGUGCCACUAGCUAUUCUUCUCUUAGCAAAUACAUUCUUAAGUUAAGGGUUGGAUGUAAGUUUUUCCUUAUAUUUUUUAUGCACAUUGCAGAUCUAUUUUUAAAUUAAAAGUACGUCAUAAUGUUAAUCUCAGUGGAAUUGAUUGAGAAAAAAAAAAUUGUGUAAACAAAAUACAAAGAGUCGGGAUCAAACCUGAUAUAGGUCUGAAACAUGACAUAUUCAUGUGAGCAAAUUAUACUUUUGUAACUUUAAAAGGAAACUUCGAUGGUUUUGACAAUAUUUGAUAUUAUAUCUGUUUUGAUUUACAGAAAAUAAAUGUUUUUUUAUUUUAUUUUCAAUAAUAACUUAGUAAUGGAUGUUUUUUUUAUGUAAUUUGUCUAUGCAUUCAAAAUGGUCAGAUUUUCACCGGGUUUCUAUGUGACAUCACACAAACCUAUUAAUUUAAUCUAUUGUCUUACUGUAUAACAGAAAACCAUUCACUAAAGUUUACAAUUUCAUCAUAAAAGAAAUAGAUCUAGGUCUAUGCAGUUAGAUCUAGAUCUUGUAAGCAAAGAAAAAAAAAAGUGUUAAGAGUAAAUCUACAUAUUCUUGACUAACCACGACAGUGUGUAUAUUUUCGCCUGACUACUCAAAAUGAAACAAACACUAUUGCUUGGUUGUCUUGUCAUGACUGACUACACAUAGCCUAGGCUAGCCUAACACUGACCAGUUUGUUAGAAUCAGUCAGGGUGGGGUGUAGAUGAGUUGGUUAUCCUAGUGCUUUUAGUUUUCUAUAUAUAUAUAUAUAUAUAGACAACCCUGAGGAAAAAUCAGGAGCUGGUGACCCUUAGGUAGAUUGUGACACACUGUGCUACAGCCUGGCAGAACAUGCGGCACAACUGAUCCAAACUGUAUAGGAUAUUCCAUUUCUUUGAUCACAUCAGCUGCAUGGAGAGGGGAACAGCUGUAUGGGCGACAUCGUUCUGACCAUAAACAAUGCCCAGGCUUUCAUAUCGCUUGUUCGAGAUGAACUAUAGUCUUUUUAUGACUGAAGGAGGCCAACUAGCUAUGAACUAGGCCGUCACUAAGCCCAACAACCACUGUAAGAAUGAAGCGAUACAAUUGGUUAGAGCUAGAUUCGAUUUCAGCAUGUGACGCAUGCCUAACCUAAAAACAAGAGCUCAAAGAACCCCUUUGUUUUAGAUGGCAAUAAUAUACUGUUAAAUCUAUUAAAUAUAAAUGUUUUUAAGCAUCUAAAUACAAAAUGGUAAAAUAUUUACUAUUACACAGAAUUUAAAUGUCAAUAACUCAAAUUUGAAAAACUAUUGAGGAGUUUCCCUUUAAUAUGGGAAUGGGCAUCAAAUUGCAAUUUGCAAUAAUUUACAUUUCAGCAACUUAGCCCAUUUGAAUGUCAUGGUCAUUUUGGCGUAACAAAAUAUUUACAACUAUUUUAUACACUAUUACUUGUAAAUGUUAUGAAAGUACAGGCAGCUGCUCAGAUUAUUCACAUUCAUGAUCUACAAUUAGCAUAAUUUAUAUCAACCAUCUUUUCAGUCUUCUCUUUGUAUGUUUGUAUUUUGAAGGUGCUAGCCAAUGUUGCCUUGUAGUCUAAAAUUUUUCGCUGAAGAGAAUGUAAUCUCAUUCAAUUAUUGUAUACUUUUAAUAUUUAAUACUAUUUAUCUUUUUAUUUAAAGUCUUCUCUAUAUAUAUAUUAAGCCAUAUAAUCUUUAUUUUCACACUUAAGAACCAAUAGUCUAUAUAUUUGAGUUGUGUAAACUAUUAACAUAAUGUUCAAAUAUACUGUUGUAUUGUUAUAUAACUGAAAGGUUGAUAUUAUCACUCUAGGCGUGCAUUGCUUCCAAUUAUUACUAAGAAUUAAAUCAGUAACAUUAA